AUGAUGCCACCUCGUACUAACCUGGCUACUGGAAUCCCCAGUAGUAAAGUGAAAUACUCAAGACUCUCCAGCACGGAUGAUGGCUACAUUAACCUUCAGUUUAAGAGCCCUCCUAAGAUCCCAUAUAAGGCCAUUGCGCUUGCUACAGUGCUGUUUUUGACUGGCACCUUUCUCAUUAUCACAGGCUCCCUCCUGCUGGUGGGCUAUAUCAGCAAAGAGCGGGCAGAUCAGGCCAUUCCUGUCCUGAUCAUUGGCAUCCUAGUGUUCCUGCCAGGAUUCUACCACCUGUGCAUCGCCUACUGGGCAUCCAAAGGCUACUGGGGUUACUCCUACAAUGACAUUACAGACUUUGGUGAUUGA